GACACAGGAAAUUGCUGAACAACUGGAAAAGAUAUAUGGGUCAGAUAAAAUACUUCUAAGACCCAGAGCAAGAAAGUUGGGCCUUGGCACUGCUUAUAUUCAUGGAAUGAAGCAUGCCUCUGGAAAUUUUAUUGUUAUUAUGGAUGCUGACCUCUCUCACCAUCCAAAAUUUAUUCCAGAGUUUAUCAGAAAGCAGAAAGAAGGCAAUUUUGAUAUUGUAUCUGGAACAAGAUAUAAAGGAAACGGAGGAGUAUAUGGCUGGGAUUUGAAAAGAAAAUUAAUCAGUCGUGGUGCCAAUUUUAUAACUCAGGUUUUGCUGAGACCAGGUGCAUCAGACUUAACAGGGAGUUUCAGGUUAUACAGAAAAGAAGUCUUACAGAAACUAAUGGAAAAAUGUGUUUCUAAAGGAUACGUCUUCCAGAUGGAGAUGAUUGUUCGGGCUAGACAGUUAGGAUAUACUAUUGGAGAGGUUCCUAUUUCAUUUGUGGACCGUGUCUAUGGAGAAUCUAAACUGGGAGGCAAUGAAAUAGUCUCCUUCCUAAAGGGACUCUUGACCUUGUUUGCUACAACAUGAUAGUUUAUUCCUAAAUUAACUUUUUUAGAAAAACAGUUUCUGACAUCUGUGUGGUUUUUAAUACAUAAUAGCAGAAGCUUGAUAAUUUGUGUGGUGACCAGAAGACCUGCUAUAAACUAACAAAUGAACUACCAAUAAUAAACUACUUAUAUUGUAUCCCAAAAUGCUCCUUUCAAAAUAAAUGAACUGUAUGUUAAACUAAAAACUAAUAAAGACUAAUGCUUUAUUCUAUUUUUGUAAAAAUAAUGAA